AUGAACGAUACACAGCAACAUUACGCGCACAUUGAGAAAGAACUACUUGCAAUUSUGUUUGGUUGCAAGAGAUUUCACCAGUAUAUUUACGGAAAGCACGUCGUGAUUGAAACAGAUCACAAGCCGCUCGAGGCAAUAUUCAACAAACCACUAUCACAUGCCCCAUCAAGACUCCAAAGGAUGCUAAUACAAUUACAAGAUUAURACAUUGAACUCGUGUACAAAAAGGCGUAUGUAACAGACCGCAAAGUAGAAGAAAUCAAGGAGCACAUGAAGAGUGACGAUAGGAUGCAAUUAUUAAUCAAAGAGAUUAGUCAAGGCUUGCCCUCGGACAAAAAGUUGAUAUCUCCAGAAAUCAAAGAAUACUAUCAACAUAGAGAGAAACUGAGUGAACACGACAGUCUUGUGUACGCUGACCACGCAAUAUUAAUACCACCAACUCUACGUAAGGAUACACUUGGCAAGCUACACAGAUCACACCAAGGAAUUGAAAAAACAAAACAACUUGCCCGUCAAACCAUUUUCUGGCCUGGAAUGUCGACACAAAUSGAGGAUACGCGACCAUGGCAACGCCUAUCAAAGGACCUGUUUGAAUACAAGAAACGACCGCACCUUGUAUUAGUCGACUAUUACAGCCGCUAUCCAGAGGUCGCUGAGCUAAGAGACAUGAAGAGCAAGACUGUCAUUAGCAAGAUGAAGUCUUUCUUUAGUAGACACGGCAUACCAGAUGAAGUCGUGUCGGACAAUGGACCUAACUACGCUUCACAAGAGUUCGAAGAAUUCGCACACGCUUACGGAUCCAAACACACAACCACUAGCCCGAKAUAUCCUCAGUCCGGAGGGCUACAUGAAAAAACUGUGCAAACGAUUAAAUCCAUGCUAAAGAAGGAGGAGGAAUCAGGAGRAUGURUAUCUAGCGCUACUGGACUACCGCAAUACUCCAAUAGACGGCGUUAG